AAUAUAGUUGUAUUUAAAGUUGGGUAGACAUACCUGUAACGCAUUUUAAAAUGACGAGAACAUGUCUUUGUGAAUUGGAAUUUGUUCUUAUGACACGGACAGUAAUGCAUUUUGAUAGAUAAGAUGAAUAUUAAAGCAGACGUAAUAUUCACUGGAGUAUUCUUUAUGUAUUCUUUAUCUACAUGGAGUUAAAUAUGUGCAAAUAAUUUCGUAACCAUUACUAGUACAUGGGUUUAGCACAGUCGAAAAUGGCACCUCAAACACCACCGACGUCUAAGACUCAACACUCAGUGACCACAAAGACUCACGUCUCCCAUCCGACGUCAAAAACACCGACACAUCCUGUAGCGAAGACGCCAAUUCAUUCAGGAUCGAAAACUCCGACGUCAAAACCCGGUUCUAGAAAUGGUUUACCUCCAGCGCCCCAGCUUACUGUGAUAAAAUACAGCAUCGAUAUUGAUGUACUGAAAUGUCCCGUGUGUCUGGAAGUGUUUAAAUCACCGAGAGUAAUAUCGUGUGGUCAUUCCUUAUGUGUGGAAUGUCUAAACUCUAUCAUCUUAUAUACAGAAUCAUCAAAAAUUAAAGACUAUUUCCAGUGUCCAGUGUGUCAUAAAAACACCAAACCACGAGAUAUACGUGCAAUUCGCCAAAAAUGGGCACAUCAGUUCCCGGUUAAUUCUGUAAUAUUGCGUAUGUUACGAAAUGCCACUGUAAAGAACACAACAGAUAAUGGUGUACACAAAGCGUUUUGUGAAGUUUGUCUUGUAAACAAUCAAACACGGCCAACAACUUCCUACUGUAACAGCUGCUUGGAACAUCAGUGUGAAGUGUGUGCCGGACAUCACAAAAUACGCGAAGAAACGAGGGAUCAUGACGUCAUUACCUUUGUCGUAAAAGAGGAACCGACUGAAAAAGUAGAACACGUCACUAAACCGGAAGUACAACGCAAACACCGUGCACAUAGGAACAUCCAUGGCGAUGAAAAUGACCGACGAGUUAAAUUUGAUGCGUUGCGUGACGGGCGUUUGGUACCGUUAAGUCCAGCAGUGGUAGCCCAGACUGUUACGACGGCAGAUGGUUUUACAGAGAAAAAUAUCGUCAAGUUAGGUUUCUUUAACGGGAACGCGCCAAAUGACUCAGCAACUUCUGACUUUCGGGCAGUAACAUUCCUCACAAACAAUAAAAUCGUGGUGGCUGAUCAUGCAAACAAAAAACUGAAGUUGUUUGACAUUUCGCAUAAAACUCGAGUGGAACUUAUCACAGAUUUAAACAUCCGCGCGGACCCAAGUCACAUGUGUCGGGUGGAUGAAAACACUGUAGCUGUAACCACUGAAAGAGCUAAUGUUUUUCACAUACGUCUGUUUACAAUAAGGGACAAAAUAUUUCAUUUUGUUCACCGUACUGUAGAUAGCGUGCCUCUAGGAGUGAGCUAUAUAGAUAAUACUUUCGUUUGUUCAUUUCUAGAACACCAAGCUUUAUCUAAAUAUCGUCUUACAAAAGCACAACAGCGUAAGGUCGGCAUAAUAGCCCAUGAUCGCUCAGGAAACGACCUGUUUCACCACCCCGGGGCUAUGACCUUGGGAACUUGGGAGGGUAUGCCUGUAAUCUAUAUCGCGGAUGAAACCGAGUACGGUGUCACCGUAAAUGCAAUUGAUCUUCAUGGUGACAAAAAGUCGUCAGUUUUCUUUGAAUGUGCGUUUCCAAAGCCAAAAAGCGCAAAGAAAACGUCUAGCGGAACGUCUAAAUCCGGACGUACAAAUAGAACACGGAGUUCUUCUAGAGCACCUAGAAAAGAAGACGCUUCUGAUACUAUAACUGAAAAUACACGGUCAGUCUAUAAAAGUCAGAAUACUAAAGAUGUAAGGGGUAGUGAAAGGAAGUCUACAAGUCAUUCAAGAGACAACCCCGCCGAGCGACUUAGUGGUCGUCAUACAUUCAGACGUGUAGACGACUUCGGUCGGACAGUAGUUGAACGUCGUGGUGGUAGAGAAAUUGAACGUCCAUCUAUGCCAUCGGCAUUGAAAAGUGAGCUGUCAAUUGACCUAAAUAAACUGACACGAGAUGACGACUUGAAUGAAACUAUCGGGAAAACAGCGAGCAGAAGGUCUGCCACAAUUGAGAGUAAAGCAGUGGCGAGAGCUCAAAAGAAACCGGUCGGCAAAGUUCUACCGCAAACGAAUGGCUCAAACUCAAAAGCGUCUGAUAAAGCCUCCAGCGACAACCCAGAAUCUACAAUAAAUUUAAACUCAACGAUAACAUCAAAUUCCACUGUUGGAACUGUAACAUUUGCAGCUCCACCGAAACUUGUGUAUCGGGCAGACAGUAUUGCUGUCGACCACGGUGGUAACAUUUACGUCUGCAUGUCCAGCUGUAACAAAAUCCACCAAAUGUCGGCUGACGGGCGCGUGAAGCGUGACCUACUUACAGAGAAAGACGGACUGGUGGCGCCAAAAGUCGUCUGCUUCUCACAGAAGAAUGAUAUUUUUAUUGUGACAAGUCUUAAAAAUAACAAAGUUCUCAUGUUUAGGUUGAAAUAAUUUGUAAUAGAGAACUAUGAAUGAAACGGAAUAUUUCUAACCACAAAUACUAAUCGUAAGUUUUAUUAUGUACAAAAUCACAAUGUUCCAUAUAUCUCUACCGUUCAUGCAUCUAUUAUUGACUUGUAACAGCUUUUUCACUUUUUGUGUGUUUCAUACUUUACUUAACACAUGUUUUAAGUGAAACAUAAACGUCCUUGAAUGAACAUAUAAUUAUGGGGAUAUAAUCAAGAUCUUUUAAUGUCAAAUUUUGUUUAACAAUCCAUGACAAAAACUCAAACUAACGG